ACUGUUUAUCAAUAACCAUGGCCCCUGAUAACUUUAAUCCUCAUUUGGGUGACUGUAGGUAAACAGCCGAGAUCCAGCAUGUCGUCAAAUCAAGAGGGAGAUAACAAUCUUCGGCACACGUCAGAUGGUGGCCUUGAAAUAGUGGAUCUAACCAACUCCAAAGGUCACGGCUUCAAGUGUUAUACUUACGAUGGCUUGUACCUUCCUGUCCUGCCCCCACCCAUGCAGGAAAGAAGUUGUACUGAAAUAAUGAAAGACAUUAAAACAAUUGAGAUGACACAAGAAGAUAUUUUGAUUUGCGCUUUUCAGAAAUGUGGCACCCAUUGGCUGUGGGAAGUGCUGGAGAUGGUUAGAAGUGGGGUCAUUCAGUACAAGCAGGAAGUAAAAGAAACCCGGAUGAUAGAAAUGAUUCACAAGGAAGGAAUAGAAGCAGUGCCGCCUCCACGCGUCCUCAACACGCACCUUCCUCUGCGCAUGCUCCCCACGCAGAUCGUGGAGAAGAAGGUCAAGUGUAUCCAGGUCAUGCGCAAUCCUAAAGAUGUCUGUGUGUCCAUGUUCAACCACUACAGGGAUUUGGUACAGCCUCUUGGUUACGAGGGUGACUUUGAUGAGUUUCAAGACGUCUUCCUGAAAGGACACCUUCCACUAGGGUCCUACUAUGACUACCUCAUCUCCUGGAGAAAAGAGGUGUCAAGGUCACCGGAAGUGCCUGUCUUUUAUGUGGUGUACGAGGAAAUGAAAACUGAUCCUGUCAAGUGUAUUAAAGACAUCGCAAGAUUCCUGGACCUGACAGUCACCGACCAGUUCUGUAAAGACGUCGCAGAUGCCUGUUCCUUUAAGAAGAUGAAGCAGGUUGACUCUGAAUUGAAAGGAGAUAUGCCCAUUAAAGUAUGGAAGGAAGGGUCCAAGGGAACCAUCUACAGGAAAGGUGAGAUCGGAGACUGGAAGAACUGGUUCACUGUGGCAGAGAGCGAGCGUUUUGAUGAAAUAUGGAAUGAGAAGAUGAAGGGAUCUGGGAUCACAUUUACCUAUUCACCCGCGUAAUGGACCUGGGAAGAUAUGACUUCUCAGAAUGAACUCACUGCAAGCACACUUCAUAAGUUACGAAAAACUGAAGUGAUAAUUUUUUUUCGAAUUGUCCUAAGGAUCGACUAAUGGAUAUAAAGAAAUAGAAAUCCACAGAAUAUAAAACGUCAACGCCAGAGAAUAUCCAGUCUUGAUUUUCCUCCAAAACAGAUUCAUUAGGCCUGAAAGGCAAAAUAGCGUUGAAAAUUAAAUGAAUGGAUCCCUGAAAAUCAGUGAUGACACCAGGCGUUCGCGAGAGGUGUAGGCAUGUCCUGCCCUACCGGUAGCAUCCACCAAUCUAUUGUUUCUACUUGUUUUCAAGUGAUUAUGUAUACAUCUCUGUCUUUUCCCAACACCUAGGGGAGUAGGUUAGCCCUUUCCUACUACUCAGAAGAACAAAAAUGAUCACAUCCCUACUUGGGAAUCUUUGAUAUUCAAUCAAUAAAGAAAAUGCUGUCCUGUAUAAUAAUCUUUAAUUGUUUGGUGAAGCAGUUAAGGAACAUAUCUGCAAUGAAUAUAUCAACCUUAUUGUGUGCCUUAACAGUUGAAAGAGUGUACUGGAUGUACGUAAAUACAUAUUGUUUUACCAUAUGUUUUGUAUUUUAAUGCACAGUAAUGUUUCCUCAAAUCAUAUGAUAGUAUAUACAACCUUGAUCUAGUUUUGUAUAUACUCACCGCCCACAAACCGCGAAUACCAUACAUGUUGGUUAAUAUAUGAAGAAGUACUCAUGCUCAAGAUCUAUUAGAUGCACAAAUGAACAAACUGUUAUGUUGCGCGAUCCGACGCUCAUGAACGCAUCACAUGUGACGUCAUUAAUCCAUGACCCGAGAUGCUUCAUUUGUCUCGUGCAGGACUAGCGUGUAAUGUUUGGAGCAUAUCGUGAUAGAAAUAAAGAACCUCUGUGGCAACACUUGAUUGCUUGUCAGUUUUGUAAUUAAGUGGUACACAUUGGAUACAUCACUUCUGAACGUAGAUAAUUUCUAUAUGUCUCUGUGGUUCGCAUUCCUUUUGGCGGUGAGUAUAUAUCGUCCAUUUUGUGUGUCUUAACAAUGUAUUACAGAUGAAAAUGUGUACUAUCUAUAUGGAAACAUAUGCAGGUUGUCUAACCAUAGUUAAAUACACAAUAACUUGAGGGUCAGCUUAACGUUCUAUCAUUAUAAUAUGUGAUUAACUGCCAACUGAACACAAUGAAAUGUGUAAUGUUAUGUUAUUGUAUAUGAAGAGUAAAGGUUUAUUGACGUUUAUAACCAACACUUCCUUGUUCCACAUCCAGGUAAGGUAUCAUGUACCACAUGAUUAUCAAAAUAACCAACAAACAUAUGAAUCACAUAAACAGCGAGUUGUGCUCCCGUGCUUUACGUAACAAAUCUUACCCACAUUUUAUUCCAUCAGAUACCUGCUGGCUUUGUAUCAUACAUUCGCCAAGUGACAGUCCGUACUUAUUCCGCAUAUCGUCGGUUAUGUAAAUGUAAAACGUCAUGGCCAGAUAACAACCAGUCACGAUUAUCCACUUAAGUGCUUGUGCUUGUUGUAUCACGCAAACGAUAGUACUGUCCCAGUUGCACAAAUCAACACAGGGAUUGUUAACCUCCCAUACUGACCCUGCAUGUCAUAUUGACACGCGGAAUGUGCACA